AUGGACAAGGAAAUCCUGGAAGUCCACUCAAUGUUGCAUCUGAUCUUUCAUCGAAACAAGAAUCAGCAUCGUCGAGCAAAAUGGUGGAAAUGGCUAUCCAUCUUGAAACGCGCCACCUUGGAUUUCGCCCGAUCGGGGGUUAAAUCCCACCUGGCCACGCACGUAAUCCCAAGAUGUUAUAUCGCUUUUUCGACUGUCCUUGCCGAUAACCAGUUCUCUACGCUUGGGAUCGUGCUUUUAGCUGUGUUGGCGCGACUGUCCAAAAUCACUGGGAUCAGUCAUCAGUUGAAGACGGAACCUGUGACAAGCAAGUCUAAGAUGUCUCCUGUCGUUGCGAAGGAAGAUCUUGGGGAACGCAUUGGUCGGGUUGACAAUGCGCCACUUACCCCGGUGAAGAUUUCGCAAUCUGACUCCAACGUCUCCAAGGUGUCAAAGAUCUCCAAAGAGAAGCCCACUGAAAAGCCUACAGAGGACGGUGUUUCAAAAAGUACGUCGAAAAAGAAGAAGAAGAAGAACGCUAUCGAUGAUUUGUUCAGCGGCUUAUUUUGA